AGCGCGAGAAGACUAAAAAGUGUUUGACGUCAGCGACGUCACACUUCAGUUAGCAAGAUGGCGAAAGAGAGCGGGCCGAGGAAUAGAAAUCACUUCGGUUCCAGCUCCAAAAGCCGACUCGAAGACGAAGGUUUUAAAGACAUGGACGAUGGCUCCAUUUCCCGGCCUAAAAAACUGAUUAAUAACAGUUCAGAUAUCAAAGACAUUUCUUUUGGGACCUAUCCGGAUGACGGCGUCAGUCCUUCACCAGAUGAAGGCAUUGAGGAGGAAAAGGCUCCUUUCGAGGAGGAGAGGCCGGGGCCCGUCCAGAUCGUCCGAGCCAGGGAGAGUGAUUGCAUCUUUGACCUCGACAUCGCUGCGCUGGAGAAGAUCCUGCUGCAGGAUCAUUUGAAGGACUUGAAUGUGGUGGUUGUGUCUGUGGCGGGGGCUUUUCGAAAGGGCAAGUCCUUCAUCCUGGACUUCAUGCUGCGCUACAUGUACAACCAGCAGAGCGACUCGUGGAUAGGAGGAGAAGAUGAGCCCCUGACAGGGUUCAAAUGGAGGGGAGGCUGUGAGAGGGAGACCACAGGAAUUCAGGUGUGGAGCGACGUGUUUGUGGUUGAAAAGCCAGAUGGCAGCAAGGUCGCCGUGCUCCUCGUUGACACUCAGGGGGCAUUUGACAGCCAGUCCACCAUAAAAGACUCAGCUACUGUAUUCGCUCUCAGCACCAUGACCAGCUCUGUCCAGGUGUACAACCUCUCUCAUAACAUCCAGGAGGAUGAUCUGCAGCAUCUGCAGCUCUUCACUGAAUACGGACGGCUGGCGAUGGAAGAAACUGAUUCCAAACCUUUCCAGACCUUAAUGUUCCUGAUCCGGGAUUGGAGUUCUCCUUAUGAAUACAACUAUGGACUGGAGGGCGGACGUGCUUUUCUACUAAAAAGGCUGGAGGUUAAAAACAACCAACAUGCAGAAUUGCAGAAUGUAAGGAAGCACAUCGACUCCUGCUUCAGCAACACCAGCUGCUUCCUGCUGCCACAUCCAGGCCUCAAGGUGUCCACAAACAAAGACUUUGAUGGAAGGCUAAAAGACAUUGAAGAUGAUUUUAAAACCCAGCUGACUGAGCUGGUGCCUCAUCUCCUGGCCCCAGAUCGGUUGAUGGAAAAGAAGAUCGGUGGGAGCAAAAUCACAUGCAGAGAUCUGGUGGAGUACUUCAAGGCCUACAUAAAGAUUUACCAAGGUGACGAACUUCCUCACCCAAAGUCCAUGCUACAGGCUACAGCAGAGGCCAACAAUCUGACUGCCGUGGCAGGAGCCAAAGACUUGUACAGCAAGAACAUGGAACAGGUCUGCGGAGGGGACAAGCCUUACAUGGCCCCGGCCGAUCUGGAGCGCUGCCAUGCAGCUUACUGUGAGGACUCAGUGAGGUUUUUCUGCUCCAUAAAGAAAAUGGGUGGUAAGGAGUUCUGUCAGCGCUACCAGAACCAGCUGGAGACGGAGCUGGAGGAGGCCUACAACGCCUUCUCCAAGCACAACGAGGGCAAAAACAUCUUCUAUGCAGCUCGCACUCCCGCCACGCUUUUUGUGGUCAUGUUUUUCACCUACGUGGUGUCCGGCGUGACGGGAUUCAUCGGCCUGAGCUUUUUUGCUGCGCUGGCAAACCUGAUCUUGGGAGUGGCCCUGUUUGUCCUCUGCAUCUGGGCUUACGUGAAGUAUUCAGGAGAGUUUCGGGAGGCAGGAAUGUUGAUAGACCAGCUGGCUGAACUUCUCUGGGAACAGGUUUUGAAGCCGCUAGUUGAAAAUUAUAUGGAGGACAAUGUCAGACAGACGGUCUUUAACUCCAUCAGAGCCAGCUUGGCGGAACAGGGCUCCCGGCCCACCAGGUUAAAGACUGACUGACGCUCUUCCUCUUCGUCUCCCUCAUCGUGCUCGUUGUCCACCCGCUGUCCACUGCUAGAACUGUGGGACUAGUUCAACACCAAAGCUGACCCUCUUUUUACGUUGAUUUCUGUUUUUGUGUUUUUUGGGGGGGGCAGUUGUCUCGUCUCCGCCCCGUUUGUCUUUGUCUGUCUGUGGACCUGUAGCCUUGCAGUCUGACCUGCUCAUCAGCGCCCCCCAGUGCCUCACACGACAUGCUGCACAAUCAAAGGAUGGAGCAGAGAAGCCAGUGACGCCAUCCCAUCGACUCUGCCGUGCUCCACGUUUUGUUCUUUGCGUCCAUUUUUGCUGGAAGCUGACUGCGCUGAGGUGAAGACGAGGAACGCUGACACCGCCGGGGGGGGGAAGCUGCUGACAACGAUGGACGCUCACUGGAACCCUCCAGAGCGCAACUUUUCCUCUCCCCUCAGACACUGACCUGUCUGUCCACUCAGAAAACCAGUAACGCAUUGAUUCCUGGACUUGACUGUAGACAUGCAAACGCUAGCACGUUUAGCCACAGCGCUAACUAGAAAGGCAGAAAUUAAGCCAAGCUGUAUUUCUGGGGGGUUUUAUUUUUAAUUUUUUUUUUUUUUAAUUUUAGUUUUAAUUUUUGUCAGAUUGGAAACACCGAGGUGACGUUAUGAUCGAUCUCUGGGGUCAGACUGCCUUCACACGAGAGGUUAGCACCUUCCCCUGUGUCCCUUUAAUACUUCUAGAUAACCGAAGAGCUGCAGGUAGCGCCACGUUUUUUUUUCUUCUGUCAGGGGGUCUGCUGUUUGAUUUUUUUAGAUUGUGAAGUGUGCUUUGAAACGGCCUUUGGUGUCUCAUAGCGAACGUGCCAGUAUUCAGCCCCGUGCAUGCUGUAAAGAGCUUUUAGAGGCCAGCCAUGGAUAAGAGGUUCAUUUCAAAGCGUUUUUUUUCAUCCAAGCCUUCCAUGAAAGCUGCACCGGGUGCAGCUUCUCAAGCUCUGCGCUUCUUCAUCCUCCGGGAGCUCCGGCCCAGACGGUCAGUCUCAUUCACCGUUAAAUCAAGGAGAAGACUCUGGCUCGUGUUCUGGCUUCUGAAGCGACGUUUUCUUUGUGUUGAAUGGAAACGAGUUUAUCCGUCAUAGCCGGCAGGGAGCUGUAGCUGUAUGACCUGAGGAGGAGAGCUCCCGUCAUUCAGACGUUGCUGGAUUGUUCCUUUAAGACGAGCUGGACUUCAAGCUGCUGCUGCUGCAUGUUUCUCCGUCAGUGCUGGACCUCCCAGAUGUGGAAGAAGGAAAAAGUAUUUUAUUGCACAACAUGAACCUCCCUGAGGAACUCUGCCAUGUUUGUUUUUUAGCUUCUCACCAACGGCUGCAUGUGUCUUUUACACUGAAUCCAUCCUCAGUUUCUCCCCACGAACACCGGUCUCAUUAUGUACAGUUUCCCUCUCUGUGUUCCUACUCUAAAUCCGGCAUGUAUGUUGAUUAUUUAAAUAAACGAUGUACACAUUUUAUAGCGAAUCAGCUUAGCGUGACUGUUUUCUUCUCUGGACUGAGUUUCCAGUCCCUGCUGUAGGUUUACUUCAGCUUCUCAUCUUCACCAGAGUGGAGCGGACCGCUGCAUGUCGGGGGUACUUGUAUCCAGACUGGGUGUUUGCUGGGCCGGAGACAUUAGCCUGUCUUCUAAAGAUAUCUCUGGUCAUUUAUUUUUGAUCAAAAAUAUUCAUUUUAAGAAUAAAUCACAUACACAGUC